AGCCGAAGUUUCAAGCAGUAUCAGUAAUUGCACCAUCAAUCCUCUAAGAUGUUCAAUAUUAUCCUUCUGGCAACACUCCUAGUGGCCGUGGCUCAGGCCACAAUCAUCAUUAAGCCCCAAAAUCCCGUGGAGGAGACCACCAAGUGCCAGAUCUACUGGCGCGAACACGCCUGGGCUCUCGAAGAUUGUGUGUGCCGGGUCUUCCAGAACGGCUGUCUUCUGAGCGAGGAGAGCGAUCGGCGGGAGAAAGCUGGAAAAACCCCUCUGGUUCCGGUCACCGAGCAGGUGUGCCAGAAGUUCAUCAAGCGCAAGUGCUUCCUUGGAUGGCCUGUGCUGGCCAAGUUCCCGGUUCCAUCGCCAUGCGGAUGCAAUGGCAAGCAGGGCAGUCUGGAAAUCAAGAAGUUUUUGAAUCUGUGCGAACUGCAAAAGUACGCAGCUGAAUGCAACAAACCCUACAUCAGCUACUCGAAGUGUUAAAAGAUGACUUGCAAUCGAUGAUGACUACCUCUUGUUAAAAAUAACGAAUAAACAUUUUAAAGCAGCAAACCUUUUUGUUACAUUUCUCUUAAGAGUUGGUUGACUAAGCGCCUAAAACGGCGCAUUAUUUCCUGAUUUUAGAAGUCUUCAUUGCUUAAGUUUUUUUUAGAGUCUGUUUUUAGGAACCUGCGUGAUAAAGCUUUUUUUUUUUUGAGUGGAAAAUUUACGGCUGUGUUUUUUGGCCAGUCAAGGUUAUUUGCGUACGUUCUGCAAACAUUUCACUUUCAGAUGCACUAAGUCAAUAAAAAGUGCUUUGCCACAACUGCUAAAACAGGGGAGUGUAUUCAAUAUAAAUAGCCAAAUGAGGAAUUAUGGGGACAGUUAUAUUCAUAGCCACUUUUACGACAUGUUCAAUAUUAAAUUGCUGCUUUUGUUGUUGGCCGUUUCGUGGUUCCACCAUGGACAAGCCGUCCAGGAGACGAAAACCGAGGAAAUACCAGAAACAGAGCCUGAAACUGAAUCCGAAGUAAAGAUCUCCACGGAUUCUACACCAACGACGAGCGUCUCAAGUAAAUGCAAUAUUUACUAUAGGAACUACCAAUGGGUUCUUCAGGAUUGUGUCUGCCGUUGUUUCCAAAACGAAUGCCUUAUGCAAAUCGAGAG